AUGAGACGCCGAGGAAGCGAUCUGGAGUCCGGUAAAAGCGAAAACGCCGACUCCGAUAGCGACACUUUCUACAUCCCAUCCAAAAACGCUUCAAUCGAGCGACUCCAACAAUGGAGAAAAGCUGCACUGGUGCUCAAUGCUUCACGGAGAUUCCGUUACACCUUGGACUUGAAGAAGGACCAAGAGACGAGAGAAAUGAGACAGAAGAUUAGAAGUCACGCUCAUGCUCUUCUGGCUGCAAAUCGUUUCAUGGAUUUUGGGCGUGAGCAAGGAGUUAAACCAACGGCUGCUGCAACUCCAGCUGGUGAUUUCGGAAUCGGACCUGAACAGCUUUUGAUCAUGUCCAAGGAUCACAAUGUUGGUUCCCUGCAGGAAUAUGGAGGGGCUCAAGGAUUGUCAAACUUGCUCAAGACUAAUCCGGAGAAAGGUAUCAGUGGAGAUGAUGAUGACUUGCUAAAGCGGAAGAACAUUUAUGGUUCAAACACCUAUCCUCGCAAGAAAGGGAAAGGGUUUCUGAGGUUUCUUUGGGAUGCUUGUCAUGAUCUCACAUUGAUCAUUUUGAUGGUGGCUGCUGUAGCGUCUUUAGCACUUGGGAUAAAAACAGAGGGUAUCAAAGAAGGAUGGUAUGAUGGAGGAAGCAUUGCAUUUGCUGUGAUUCUCGUGAUUGUUGUGACAGCUGUCAGUGACUACAAACAGUCACUUCAGUUUCAAAACUUGAAUGAUGAAAAGAGAAACAUACAUCUGGAGGUUAUAAGAGGUGGAAGACGAGUGGAAGUUUCAAUCUAUGACCUUGUGGUCGGUGAUGUCAUACCCCUCAACAUUGGCAAUCAAGUUCCUGCAGAUGGAGUGCUGAUAGCUGGCCACUCUCUUGCCCUUGAUGAGUCUAGCAUGACUGGAGAGAGCAAAAUCGUUAACAAAGACGCUAACAAGGACCCAUUCCUAAUGUCUGGAUGUAAAGUGGCAGAUGGAAAUGGUGUUAUGCUGGUUACUGGUGUUGGAGUCAACACUGAAUGGGGAUUGCUGAUGGCCUCUAUUUCUGAAGACAAUGGUGAAGAAACUCCCUUACAGGUUCGCUUAAAUGGGGUAGCUACUUUUAUUGGUUCCAUUGGUUUAGGAGUUGCUGCUUGUGUGCUAGUGAUUCUUCUGGUUCGAUAUUUCACCGGUCACACUAAAGAUGUGGGUGGAGGUCCUCAAUUCGUUAAAGGAAAGACAAAAAUCGGUCAUGUAGUUGAUGAUGUGGUCAAAGUUAUCACCGUUGCGGUUACAAUUGUCGUAGUGGCAGUUCCGGAGGGUCUUCCAUUGGCUGUUACUUUAACCCUUGCCUAUUCAAUGAGGAAAAUGAUGGCAGAUAAGGCUUUGGUGCGGAGGCUAUCUGCUUGUGAGACAAUGGGCUCUGCCACCACUAUUUGCAGCGAUAAAACUGGAACACUGACUUUGAAUCAAAUGACAGUGGUUGAGUCUUAUGCCGGGGGCAAGAAAACAGAUACUGAAAAAUUGCCAGCAACUAUCACGUCGCUAGUUGUUGAAGGAAUAUCUCAAAAUACAACUGGUAGUAUUUUCGUCCCUGAGGGUGGCGGUGAGUUAGAGUAUUCUGGUUCACCAACGGAAAAAGCCAUUCUUGGCUGGGGAGUUAAGCUCGGAAUGAACUUCGAGACAGCCAGAUCACAGUCUUCUAUUCUUCAUGCUUUUCCGUUCAACUCAGAGAAGAAACGUGGUGGUGUUGCUGUAAAAACGGCUGAUGGUGAAGUUCAUAUUCACUGGAAAGGAGCUUCAGAAAUUGUCCUAGCAUCAUGCAGAAGCUACAUCGAUGAGGAUGGUAAUGUGGCACCAAUGACUGAAGACAAGGCAUUGUAUUUCAAGAAUGGCAUCGAAGAGAUGGCUGGAAGAACCUUACGAUGUGUCGCACUGGCCUUUAGAACCUAUGAGGCUGAAAAGGUCCCAACAGGUGAAGAACUCUCAAAGUGGGUAUUGCCAGAGGAUGACCUUAUCUUACUAGCUAUAGUAGGCAUAAAGGAUCCAUGUAGACCGGGAGUCAAAGAAUCAGUUCAGUUGUGUCAAAAUGCUGGUGUCAAGGUCCGUAUGGUUACUGGUGACAACAUCCAAACUGCCAGAGCUAUUGCUUUGGAGUGUGGGAUAUUAACUUCAGAUGCAGAGGCCUCCGAGCCUAAUCUCAUUGAAGGAAAAUCAUUCCGUGCCUUGACUGAUGCAGAAAGGGAUAAGAUUAGUGGCAAAAUCUCGGUUAUGGGCCGUUCAUCACCCAAUGACAAGCUUCUGCUGGUACAAUCUCUGAGAAGGCAAGGGCAUAUUGUUGCUGUCACCGGAGAUGGGACAAAUGAUGCUCCUGCAUUGCAUGAGGCUGAUAUUGGUCUUGCUAUGGGAAUAGCAGGAACAGAAGUGGCUAAGGAGAGUUCGGACAUCAUCAUUUUGGAUGACAACUUUGCUUCAGUUGUCAAGGUUGUCCGUUGGGGGAGAUCAGUCUACGCCAACAUUCAGAAAUUCAUCCAGUUUCAGCUCACUGUCAAUGUCGCUGCUCUCGUCAUUAACGUUGUUGCUGCUAUAUCUAGUGGUGACGUUCCACUUACCGCUGUGCAGCUUCUUUGGGUUAAUCUGAUAAUGGACACUCUCGGUGCAUUAGCUUUGGCUACUGAACCACCGACUGAUCACCUCAUGGGGAGACCUCCUGUGGGCAGAAAAGAGCCUCUUAUUACCAACAUCAUGUGGAGAAACUUAAUGAUUCAGGCUAUCUAUCAAGUGAGUGUAUUGUUAGUCCUCAAUUUCAAAGGCAUAAGCAUACUUGGCCUUGAACAUGAAGUUCCCGCACAUGCCACCAGAGUGAAGAACACAUUGAUCUUCAAUGCAUUUGUUCUCUGCCAAGCUUUCAACGAGUUCAAUGCCCGUAAACCAGACGAGAAGAACAUUUUCAAAGGAGUUAUCAAGAAUCGUCUCUUCAUGGGAAUAAUAGUCAUAACUCUCGUCCUCCAGGUUAUCAUUGUUGAGUUCCUUGGUAAAUUUGCUUCUACGACAAAACUGAACUGGAAACAGUGGUUAAUAUGCGUUGUCAUCGGUGUGAUCAGUUGGCCUCUUGCUCUCGUCGGGAAAUUCAUUCCGGUGCCAAAAACUCCUAUCAGCAACAGACUGGCAUUACUAAAAUGCUGGGGAAAGAAGAAAAAAUCUUCUGGAGAAGGUAUAACAACUUACACAGCCUAUGAGUAUCACUGGACUAUCUUUAAUAUCAUAUAA